AUGGGUAUUUACGAUGCUGUUGAGCAGGAUGAUCUCGACGGCGAUGGCGACGACGAUUCGACUGGUGCUGCGUCGCCAACUGGGCUCGCUUCAAUACCGCCACUACCUCCGCCCCAUCGAGCCUCGUAUUCAAGGUACAGGAGGAGCCGUGGACCCAGCAACGGAAUCAGGAAUAGAAAUGCGACAACGGCAAGCUAUUCUUUGGUAGAAGAGGGUGAUUUCGAAGAAAAGGACAUGCCAGUAGCCCCGUCGACGGAGCGAAAACACACUCUACCGACCAGUGAAACCUUUCCAAUUGAGCUCCGGUUUCCACAACCACGGACUCGCAGACCCGGCAGCCCAGCAUAUUCAGCCACAGCCCAAUCAACAUUCCCAUCACAACCAACUUCUUCGAAGUCAAUUUUGCGAACGGCCUCGGGACGGAGUAUAGCACUACGGCAUCCGACGCCAGAUCUGCAGACUCUUCAAGGGGCUUACACCAGCAACAUUGAGCAUCUCGAGAAGACAGCAGAACGACUGAGCAUGACCUCUUCCAUUGAAGAUGCUAUAAAAGAAUUACACGACCAACAGAAGCGCUCUGACAGCCGCAGAUCCUCAUUGUUGUCUUCCCAGAGCAUACCAGUGGUGGUAAGACAGGUUUCCAACGCUUCCUCGAUUGUCGAAGUCAAUUCUGCAGCACGAUCCGGCGGAUUCUCCCCUGCAGGGUACAUAAUGUCGCCAGGCGGUUCUUUUACGACAGGCAGCGGCCGCGGACACUCAAUGUCGAAAGGGUCAAGAUUCGGGUCCCGUCCUGAGCCCGAGCUUGAAGGACGGCCUCUCGACUCCUUUGUCAACAAGGACUCCUCGAUACCACCCACCUCGCCAACAAUGCCUCAAUCAGCAUCAAUCGCCGGGAUGAACGAAGAAUCUUCAACCUUUGCGAAACCAAGCUCCAACCUUCUUGAAACCCCUGCAGUGGAGGGAAAAGUUCCGAUGGCGAACGAAGUGCAGGAUUGGCCCACAAUAUCUACAUCGACCAACACAUUUGAGCAUGACAAGAUAUUCGCAGACUUUGAUGGCAUACACUCGGCUCCUCUUCAGCAGAGGACAGUGUCCGGAGACGAGUCGAACAAUUCGAAUGAUACGCAGAGGAAGGUCCUUUUAGGGAAUCGAUCGAUGGCGAGACCACAAUCAUAUGCAGAUCCGAGUACCGGCCAGGAGAUGGUUUAUUAUCCGGCACCAGUCCCAAUGAUGCUGAAUCUCCCACAAAAGUUAUCGAAAAAUCCCUCCUCAAUGGCAAAGGACAAGAGAAGAUCACAAGUUCUGAGCAGUAUACCUCCCGCAGCUCGACAAUCCGCAGUGUGGCUUCCGGAUGUGCUCGAGGACGAGAAGGCGACGGAAUUGGUAGAAGAUGAUCCGGUAUUACAGCAGGAAUAUAUUCCACAACAUCAGAGAGCAAGCAUGGGAGGAAGGCGGCUUACGCAGGAUCUAUCACAUAUGCCACCGCAGCUGAGGGCAAGCACCUAUUUUGAACUGCCAGCAGCGAAUCAAACUGUCGAAUUAAAGGAGCAAUCUGCUGUGGCUACACUGGACAGUAUUCUUGACGCUUCAGCAUAUGCACCUGUGACAGCAUUCACAGACCACACCUUCGCAGGACACCUUGGAGCUGAAGUGUAUGGGCGAGAACCUAUGAAGCACAGUCGGACAAGCACUACAUUGGCUGAACCAUCGAAGAAACGUACAAGCACAUUUAGUAUUCUUCUUCGUGGAAGGCGGGGAAGCAGCACUGAUUUGCUCAAUUCAGAUCAGGAGAAAAGCCGGGCUACGAUGUCGGGAGUUGUAGAAAGCAAGGUCAGAUUACCAAUCGAAGAUGGCGAGGAAGAUGAACAGGACACAAAAUCUGAUGAGGGACAAAGCCAUAACGAGGUUUAUUACGGUGCUCCAACCACUCUCCUCGCUGAACUCCAAUUACGCAAACAACAGCAAAAGCAGAGAACCCGCCCCUUACUCUCGUCAUUCCCCAAUGGCAUGCAUUCAACUCUUCUCGAAAUGGAUGCAGUUGCACAAGUCGAACAGAAGUCUCGGAAACACAAGCGCGUUGCUCUUGCCUGGGAAGAUUCCUCUGUUCAGCAACCAGAAGACGGCAUGAACAACGACGAAGAUAUCCCGCUAGCCAUGCUCUACGCCAAAAAGGAAGUCCGGGAUCCAAAUCGACCCAUGGGCCUCAUGGAGCGUCGCGAUAUGGAAGACAAUGAGCCCCUGAGCCGCCGACGAGACCGACUCCAAGGCCGACCUUCAAUACCCCGCGCCUCGACCAAGAUGCACAUCUCCUCACCCCAGCCGCCUGAAGAAGAAGGCGAGACGCUCGCCGAGCGAGUCCGCCAGUUGAAAGACGAAGCAGCAGUCGAUAAUGGCCUGCCCUCAGCCCGACCGGUAUCCGGGGAUUUCACUUCCGAGCUGAUGUCCCAAUUCGGUGGGGACCUGCUCGAUGUAAAAGAUCCGAAAGGAAAAGGGAAAGAAAUCUCCACCUUCGCUGGACCAGAGGAAGAAGAAACCCUCGGCCAGCGCCGCAAACGCUUACAAGCCGAGCGCGCGGCACGCGAGAAGGAAGUCGGUGCCGGAGCAGCAGCUGGCGAUACCCCUCCCUUACAACGGCCCGAGAUUAGCAAAAGGCGCAGCAUGGCCAAUAUUCUGCAAGCCCAUCCGUCAGCGGGAGCAAGCCGCAACGCAUCUUACGAGAAACCAGUUGGUGGAUUGCUGGGUUUGCAUGAAAAAGCUAGCGUGCAGAGGUCGAGCACGAUGUUUGAUUUCAACAUCGCGGGCGCUGGUCUUGGGCAUCACCAGCGUGCGAGCAGUGGUGGAUUUAAGAGUGGGACUUAUAAUGAUGGGCAGGGUGGUAUUGUGCCCCCUCAGCAGCAGAUGCAGAUGCGGAAUGGGGGUUUUGGAUAUGGCAACCAGGCGAUGUUCCCGCAGCCUAGUUUGGGCGUGGGAAAUGUGAAUGGGGCGAUGUGGGGAAAUCAGAUGUUUGCGAAUCCGUAUGCGGUGGCGUAUCCGGGGAUGCAGAUGAGCUAUAUGCCGGGUAUGGCGAUGAAUGGCAUGAACAUGGGCAUGAUGCAGCCGCUGAAUCAGGGGCAGAUUGAUAUGGUGGAGAGGUGGAGGCAGAGUGUCAUGCAGUGA